AAACUACCUGCUCCCGUUCCGGGCUUGGGUCUCGUUCUGCUGGGUCUCCUCCUGGGAUCUUUCCAGUCUUAUGCAUUGGAAGUUAAUUUAACAAACUCAGAAAAUGCCACCUGCCUUUAUGCAAAAUGGCAUAUGAAUUUCACAAUAUCGUAUGAAACUACAAACAAAACUCAGAAAACUGUACCCAUUCCAGACCCUGACAGUGCAACAUAUGAUGGAAGCAGUUGUGGGGAUGACAAGAAUGGUGCCAAAAUAGUGUCACACUUUGGACCUGCUUUAACCUGGACUGUGAAUUUUACCAAGAAGGCACCUAAUUAUUUAAUUGACAGCAUCCUAUUUUCCUAUGAUCUUAGCAAUAACACACUAUUUCCUGAUGCCAAAGAAAAAGGAAUUAUUACUGUUGAUGACUCAGUGGCACUUGAAGUUCCACUGAAUAACAUGUUUAGGUGCAAGAGUUUAACAACUGACAGAAGGGAUUCUGUUGUCCAAACAUAUUGGGAUGUUUUUGUACAAGCUUUUGUCCAAAAUGGCACAGUGAGCAAAAAAGAAUAUUUGUGCAAGAAUGAUUGGCCUGCCACCACGGUAGCACCCAUCAUUCACACCACCGAGCCAUCUCCUACUACAACACCCACCCCAAAAGGAAAACCAGAGGUUGGAAACUACACGGUUAGUCAUGGUAAUGACACCUGUCUGCUGGCUACCAUGGGGCUGCAGCUGAACAUCACUCAGGAGAAGGUUUCCUCAGUUUUUAACAUCAACCCCAAAACAACUAGCUUCACUGGCAGCUGCCAGCCUCAAACUGCUCAACUUCGACUGAACAACAGCAGGAUUCAGUAUCUCGACUUUGUCUUCGCUGUGAAAAAUGAAAACCGAUUCUAUCUGAAAGAAGUGAAUGUCAGCAUGUAUUUGGAUAAUGGUUCUGUUUUUAGUGUUGCAAAUAACAACCUUAGCUCCUGGGAUGCCCCUCUGGGGAGUUCAUAUAUGUGCAACAAAGAGCAGGUUGUUGCAGUGUCUGGAACAUUUCGCAUAAACACCUUCAAUCUAAGGAAUCAACCUUUCAAUGUGACAGGAGGAAAGUAUUCUACAGCUCAAGACUGCAGUGCAGAUGACGACAACUUCCUUGUGCCCAUAGCGGUGGGAGCAGCCUUGGCAGGAGUGCUUAUUCUAGUGUUGCUGGCUUAUUUUAUUGGUCUCAAUCGCCAUCAUGCUGGAUAUGAGCAGUUUUAGAACAUGCAACCUGAUUGAU